GAGAGGGAGGGAGGGGGGAAAGUCUCCCAGCUGUCCCUGUUGAAGACUCUCUUCAGGGAGGCUUCCCUCGCAACUUAAGACGGAGCGCUUGCUCCUUAGGGGCCCUGAAAUUUCACUUGUUCCCAGAGGGGAACCCUGCCCUUCCCUAACCACCACCCCGGGACAGCUCCGAAUUAAAGCCCCUGCCCCGAGGGGCCUGGAGGAGCAGAUCUCCAAGCUCAGCCCCCUCUUGCCCCCCUUGGGAGCCAGCCAGCCACGGGAGCGCCCCUGGCCUCUCCUCCCGGGAACUUCCAUGCCCAAGAGAAAGAGCGUCCACUCACUGCAGGAACUAUGCCUGGAGAAUGUAGCGAGCAAUCUGGAUCACAUCUGGAUCAAGGAGCACACGGAUUGCCUGGCCGGCUUCCUGGUUCAGGAGCUGCUCCAGUUCCUGGGAAAUAGGAAGCUCCUGACCUCUGACCUGCUGUGCUCACUCCUUGUGCCACAGCUGAAAACGCUGGACUGGAGCAUCUGCCCAGAGCUGGUCACCAGGGCUGUGGUGACCACCGUGCCCUGCAAGAAUCUCUCCUCGCUAAUUCUCCAGGACUGCAACCAGAUCCCUGCAGAUGCUCUUCUGGACCUGGUCAAAGCUUUGCCCCAUCUCAUCAAACUAAACCUCUCGGCCACCCAGUGCAACACCCAAGUCUUGUCAGCCGCGACCUCCUCCUGCCGGCAGCUUCGUGAACUGGAUAUCUCCGGCUGCCAGCGGCUGUCCCCUUAUUCCCUCCUCCAUCUGGCCUACAACCCCAGGACAGGCUCUUUUUGCUGCUCAGGAUUACAAAUCCUUGUGAUGGAGCCGCUGAAUCCCAGGAUUGACGGGGAAGAGCUGGUGUGGGCCCUGGUUUUCCUGCUGCUGGCCUUGCCCAGCCUGAAGUGCUUGGUCCACGAGCAAGUCACUGAGGCCGUGUGCCUCAUCUACCACCAGCUCUUUGACGGCGUGCAGGUCCCUCCUGUUUUCCCCUCCCUGGCGGCGCUGGCAAGGCGCAGGAUGCCCGCCUUCCCUGGCAAAGGGCCCCCUGGAUUUGUGCUGGCUCUCAAAAGCAUACACGAUUUGAGCGAAUCCUCCUGGCCUAUGGUCCAGGCGGUCUGCCCGUACGUAAGAAACGUCUCUGUGACUCUGACUGGCAUGCCUCCCCUGGGCGAAAGCUUCUUGUCCGUGUGCCACAUCGUCCACUUGACCGUCGGCUGCCGGGAGGAAAGAGACAUGCGGGAGGUUCUGUUCCUGACCCAAAGCCUCCAGGCUCAGCUCGAAUGCCUCUCCAUCAGUAACUUUGCCUUUGAGGACGAGUGGACUUUCCACGUCCUCCUGAGCCAUUGCGUGAACCUCCAGAAACUGACCAUCCGCUUCCUCUCCCCGGUGACGUCCCGCUACGGCAGAGGGACCAAAGUGGAGGCACUGAAAUGGGACUUCGCUCUGCCUCCCCACCCGUUCCCUUACCUGUGUGACGUCUGCCUGGUGCACUCGGACAUAGAGAACCACCUGCCUUCCCAGCAUGCCAGGUUGCUGAAGGAUUGCCUUGAAUCCCUGCUCAGGCAUUCCCCUUGCCUAGAAAUCUUAGAACUGGUCUCCCUGCCUUUCCCCCUGGAUGAAGUGUUCGAGAAGCUGCUUCGGCCCCCCGGCAGAGCCCUGGCCCAGCUCCGCAGGCUCUCCCUGGUGGAAGACGACAUCUCCCUUCACGCCAUCCACCUGCUCUUGUCCUCCGAGAAUCAGCUGAGCUACCUCAACGUGGACACCUGCCCUAAGAUUGACGAGAGGGAGUACCAGGAGCUAUGCCAGAGAGUCGGCAAGGAGGGGCUUGACGUGGAGAUUCUGUGGGCAUAAAAAAAAAGGGGGGGUCCCUUCUACCCUGGAAACAACAGCUCUACUUUUGCCAGGGCCAAGAUGUGAUUUUAAAUAAAGUUUGUAUGAGCAGUCCA